AUGGCAGAUGCAGAGAACCCUAAUCAUCCCCUCAUUGGGGUCCCCAACCAGCAAGCAGCCGUCAAUGUUGGAGCACCAGCACAGAGUCCCCGCUCUUCUCGGGCCUACAAGGUGGCAGGAUUGACCCUUUUGGCCGGCGUGCUGAUUGUGAGUCAGGUGAUGAUCGGCUACUUCCUCCUCAGCCAGAAAAGCGACAUCAAAUCUCUGGAGGAGCAGAACAAGAAGAUGAACUCUGACCUUACAAGGGGGAGAUCUGGCGGUGCAUCUGUGCCUGCACGGAUGCAUGUUCCCAUGAUGGCCCUGCCCGAGAUGAUGGAUGACACAAUGAUGGAGGAGUCUUCAACUGGAGCCCCAGAAAAGAAGGCCGCUCCACUCACUGCCUGCCAGCUGCAGUCUGCUGGACUGAAGGCUGUGCAAGUGCCAGGUUUCAGGCCCAGCUGUGACCAGCAGGGCCUCUACAAGGCCGAGCAGUGCUUCAUGGGAGAGUGCUGGUGUGUUAACACAGUCAACGGGGAGCAGAUCCCUGGAUCCCUGAGCCAAGGGUCUGCCGGCUGCAUCAAAUCUCCCGUCAGUGGUGGCCUGCUGACCGCUGUGGAGGCCUAA